AUGAAACCCGAGAUCCGACAUUACUACGGCAAAACAGCCAAAGACCCCUCAAAAACUACCUCCAUAAGCCGGGGUAAGACUGAGGGAGAGUCAGCACACUAUGGGGAGACACUCACGGAAACCCCGAGGGCCAUUCGCGGGACAUACCCACGAUAUCGGGCAACUCUUGUCCCAGGCUUGCAGGCCCAAAAUGGUGGACGUCUUUCAAACCAUAGGGAUGGAGUCACUGUCUGCCUCAGAGGAUGA